UGAACGAAUCUCUUGAAGGCCGAUCGAAUGUUUCGGUAAAGCGUGUGCCGAGUGGUUAGGAGCAAGCAGGUUCCGUGCGGGUUGUACCGUGUCGCAGCACCGACGUACCGGGCGAGCGGCUCACUAGCUCCGGAGGAAACCCAGGUGUUGGCCAGAUCUCCGGCCCGGCAGCCGCAUGCGAUGGAUGACGAUCUGAUCGAAUACGCGCCGAACAUUCCGGACAAUGUGUUGGAGCUAAUUUUCUCCUACCUGAAGCUGCAGGACCUGCGGAACAGUGCCCUGGUGUGCAAAAGCUGGUACCGGUUCUUGUGCGAUGAGAACAACGAGGUGUGGAGGGCACAGUGCUUACAGAAGGUGCCGCCGGAAGCGUUUAAAAACGACCUGCUCUCGGUAGUGCCGACCUACAAAGCGAAGCUGCGAGCCUACUAUCACGCAUGGAAUCCUUUCGACUGCAGCCGUCAUGUUUACAUCAAACCGAACGGCUUUACGCUUCACCGCAAUCCCGUGGCGCAAAGUACGGACGGAUCGCGCGGUAAAAUAGGAUUUAAGCAUGGUAGACACGCCUGGGAAGUGAGAUGGGAAGGUCCUCUAGGGACGGUAGCUGUCGUAGGAAUCGCAACCAAAGAUGCCGCUAUCCAAUGCCACGGAUACUAUGCUCUGCUUGGAGCAGACGAUCAGAGCUGGGGAUGGAAUCUGGUCGAUAACUUGCUGCUUCACAAUGGCGAUGCACACGGGAUUUAUCCUUUGCUAAACAAUGCACCAAAGUAUAAGGUUGGCGAAAGAAUACGAGUGAUACUAGACUGCGACGACAAUACGUUGUCGUUCGAGAAAAACUAUGAAUUCCUAGGUGUAGCUUUUACAGACUUACCCGAUAAGAUAUUCUAUCCAACCGUCGCCGCAGUGUAUGGCAAUACAGAAAUCUCAAUGGUAUACCUCGGCCCGCCUUUGGAUGGGUAAAGGGGGCGGGCUCGGAGCGGUUGACGGGCGGAGGUGCGUAGCUUUUAUCCACCGCGCAGCAGCCGGAACACAAGUGCAAGUGCAAAUGCAAAGUAUGCAGGAACCGAAAUACUCACAGUACACACUCGCCCAACGUUUAUCUCACUUUCGUACAAGAGCACACCCUAACGCGCAGGCAAAAGCCGAGCCCUUUUGGUGGCCAAACGGUCACCAAACUAUUAUGCGACUCUAUAUUAUGCGUAUGCGUCGUGGCAAUAUGUUGUUUAUCUUUUUGUUAGGUAUGAUUUUAUCUUCGCUGUCUAGUCAAAUGUGCAUUUUUAUUGGUACCGUAGGAUAGGAGGAACGAACAGAAGGCCGGAACGGUGUG